GCUCGGGCUUGAAGGGUGUUACACAGGAUCCGCUUUGUUUAUUUCAUCAUUGUGCGACAGAAUGAAUGGGCAACUUUCCAGCACUGUGGUGCCAUUUGUAAGCGGCAUAGGUCGCCGAGAGGAAGCAAUUUUGGCGAUGCCCUACAUUAUGCCACGAGUUGUGCCUGAUCAGAAGGCAAAAUUUGAGAACGACGAGUUUUUUCGGAAGCUGGGACGGGAGUGCGAGAUAAAGUACACAGGGUUCAGGGACCGGAGCCAUGAAGAGCGGGUGGUGCGAUUUCAGGCGGACCUGCGAGAGGGACACGCCGAGAUAGCAUUCGUGGCAACCGGGACCAACUUAGCUCUCCAAUUCUCUCCCAGCGCAGACAAGGCGCCCUCCAAAGAGUAUGUAGAUUUUGAAAAGGAACCCGGAAAGGUUCACUUACAAGCGCGGUUCAUCUUGAACGGUGUCUGUGUCCGGUGGAAGGGCUGGAUCGACCUACAGAGGUUAGACGGCAUCGGCUCUAUAGAGUUUGAUGAGGAGAAAGCAAAGAUAGAGGAACAGCAGAUGAAGGAAGCCAUGGAGCAGGCCACAAGAAGACAGCGAGAGUUUGAGGAGAGACAACAGGCACACAGGGACCAGAUGGAGAGAAGAGCAGAGGAGGAGGCAGAGGUGGGACCAUCAGCUUUUAUGCGGAGACACCUCCACCAGCCCAGCCCGAGUGCCAGCAGUAGUGACUGACUGGAGAUGGACGUCCCGCUUCACAUGCGCGACCGUUACAUCACUGGGCGGACUACAGCACACUACAACACACUUUACAGCAGUCAACACACCACACUUUCCACGGAAGAUUCAACAGGAAAAUACCUGCUUCUCUCUUUUACAACCUGUUGGAGCCCUUAAAGCAGAUGACAACGCAUCAGUGACGGUUACCAAUUAUUUCUGUAUAGUUGAGAUAUGAAGCUCUCAAGUCCUUAAAGUAAAAUGAUGUUUUGAAUAUGUUACAUGAAAAAGUUGAUGACUUAUUGUUGCUGAUAAAGAGAAAGGAAGCGUCUUCAAACAUUUGAGAUUUUCCCUAUUUUGCUAUAAAAGCACAAAACUUUGAAUUCAGUCCUUGGAUAAGAGUGCACUGUUUCAUUUCAAUUUCUCAAAAAAGAGGUUUUAUUUUAUUUUAUAUACCCAGUUAGCUAUUCUCAUCAUGGAAAUUGUAUAAAAUAUCUGGUAAAAUUAAUGUAUAAAAAUGAUUGAUAAAGAUGAAAGGUAAUGAAAAGUAUGAAAAUAUAAUCUGAAAUGUAAUUUCUAAACUGAAACUACAAUGACUUCGCAUAAGUUGCAUAAAUUUUCUUGAAUCUUCUCUCACAGCCUUUUUUAAUUACCUGUUCUGUACCAAAUUCAAUAGACGGCUGUCAAUCAUAGCCUACAGAGGGGUUGGUUAUUUUCACUUUGCCUUUUUAAUAUAUUAUAGAAAUACUGACAAAAGUAUUUGAACUUUAGACACCUUAACAGUUCUAUGUUGUAAUCCUUACACUAUCCAACACUUCUGUAGGUUGUGGUGAUUUGGUACAAAGACAUAGCCUGGUUUUGCCUGGACCAUUUUAAGACAGGUGUAUUUAAGUCUUGUUUUCCUUUUCGUGAUGUCUUUUAUUGCCUGUCAGUAAUUGCAUCUAGGGUUGGAAACUUUUGUCUAAUUUAUAUGUGUCCUUGAGGAGAGUAUAUUGUGUAUUUUGUGGAUGAGCCACAACUUUAGCUGGCCUAUGGUUGUGGUGAUGUACAGUGGACAUAUUGUGGUAGAAAACGGUCAGCCUUCUUUAGUGUUAAUAACAUCACCAGACUGUCUAUGGUGGGCUGCAGAUUUCACCUUUUGCAUCUUCAGUACUCUAUUUUACUCCUUUGUGAUAUUUAUCUGUUAUUUUGUACAGUUCUGCUAUUUCAUGUUGAAUUUUUCAUUGAGGGUGCUUGAAUUCUAAUCUCCAAGCAGAUCCCUUUCCAAAGAUGUCUUACAACAAUUGAUGACAAAUCGACAUACUUGGUCUGCAAAUUAGACCACAGGCAUACCCCCUUUUCCUUGAUUUCCUAGUAUUUAUUCCAAAGCUAAUAAAUCUCCACUCUAUUCAACUUGGUUUGUGGUUGUCAUUGAGAACUUCUUGAAGAAUUUUGACCUAUGCCCCAAGUUUAAAAUCCAGGCAAACUACCGCAAAACUUGACACGUGUUUGUGAAAAUCAUUCCAGCAACUUGGCAAAAAAAUUGCAGUAUUUAUCUAUGCAGUGACACUCCUUUAAUGUACUGCUCCUCCUAACUUAUGAAUUGCAGCAAGAAGAGUUUCAAAUAACCUGAUUCUAAUUGUACUGAAGAUGUAAAAGGAGUAAAGAUUGCUCACCAAAUCCCAUAGUCACCCUCAGUCCUGUACCAACACCUUAGCAAUCAAACUACAAAACACAGACACUAGACGGCUGAGCUCUAACAGCUAUGGACAAUGUUGUACAGGCAUGCAGAGUUAUCUGGUCCACAGUAUUUAACCCUGUCUGUCUCGCUAGUGAGGCGACAGUUCACAUGAAAUGUGACUGUGUGCCCGAAACCCUGUUUUUCACAGUGUGUGGCCUACACGAACUUCCAACCUCCUUUCCUAUGCUUUUGUUGCUAUUCAAGCUUAAAUCCUGACACUUGCAGUUCCUGCUUCAGCUAGAUUUCCACUUUUCCUACAGUUUUAUACACUUUUCAUACACACACAAAAAAGGUCUUCUCAUGUAAAAAAACAGCCAUGUAUGGUAGGUUAACUUACCAUGUGACAUUCUCUGUAAACCACUUUUGGUACCAGCAAAUGCACUACAGAAUCCAUAGCAUUACUACAGCAUCUGAUAGAAUGAAAACAUGAUAGACCAGCAGCACUAAUGCAAACUUGGAUAUACAAUGUAAUUACAACUUACAUAAUUUCAUUAACACGUUUAAUCAGGCUAACAUUUAAACUGUAUUUUGCUGGUACAAAAAGUUGGUCAGUUGGUGGAUACACUUCAGUUGUUUUUGCAUUACUUGUUUGUAACGCAUCAGUCAACUACUAAGUACUUACUAGGCAGUCUUCCUUUUCUGGUCCCCUUUUUGUCUUGAAGGAGGGACAGGAGAACAAGACUGCUUCAGUAACAGGGUUUCAGUUCAGUUACGACCUUCAAUGAUGUCUUGAGGUCUUCAAAUCUUCCAGGAAUUGUGAAAUACAACUGUACUUCAGAAAUUUAGUCAAACUGAUAGCAGAAAAGAAAGGUAACAGAUUGUAAACCAUCUAGUGGAAGAGAAGACCCAAGCGAGGAGGUCUCUGUGACAAAUAAACAAACAGCAGUAUGCUUUUUUAUGGUAGCUAGAAAACAGCAAAAACCUACAAUUUUAACAGUUGUACUGAGGCACACUAAUUACUUGCUACCAAGCAGUUCUAACAAAUGUCGGUGGAACUAUUCAUCUUCGAAUCACAACGUUGAUUAAAAACCACACCAAAAAGUAACGUCACUUAAUUCUCGAAAAAUCAUAAUCCAUAACCUGUGACAAAUUAAGAUGACGUACAGUAAACCGGACCACACAAAAAAACUGAAGCAGACAAUUUAUGCCUAUGUUGCGCAAUAGCAGGCCUACCAAAUAUAGAAGGUAGAUCAAAGUAUUUUUCUAUUUCGAAUUCCAUGAUCAGAAACCAGACAUGUUAUUGUGCUAGGGUCGAAUAAUUCCACCCAACCGUAGACUGUAUGUAUAUAGAAGGACCCGCUUUUGUAUCGGAAAGGUCUGCCCAGCGUGGCAGCAGGGAGAAAUGAACGAGCUUGUUAUUGAUAAUGUGUAUGAUAAGAUUAUGAAGAGGCAAUGGAAUAAUUGUAUUAAUAAUUCAGAGAUGUUCUAUAGGCUUGCUGUGCCUCGGCUACAAAUUUGGGCGGUUCUACCCACGGUGUGUACCAUGGAGAUUUCAAAUCCGAUUACUUUUCCUUUUUCCUUCUUUGGGGGACCCCUUUAUUCUCCUGUAUGUAUAGAGGCUAUAAGAGUAUGGUUUGGUUGCAUGUAGUAGUAUGUGUAUGCAGUUGGUAGAUUCAGCUCAGUGAUUAACAUUGCCAUUUUGAUUUCCAAGUAACAUGUCAUACCACACAGUACAUAGAACAGUGUGUGUAAAAUAGUACACAUCCUUAAACAUUCAAUGGAUGAUUGGAGGGAGGGAACAUUGGGACUGAAGCAUAUUUGACAGUCAAGAUUCGUGAAAGCAAUGAAUAUGGUUAGGAUUUUCAUCAAUGCAUUGUACAAAAAGAACACAUUGAUUCGUCAAUGAAAUAUUUGCUUUGUGACAUGCAAAAAGUUUCAAAUUUUUUUUCUCCCAACAUCACAAAAACAACUGGAAGAGAGACAGAAAAUGUGAAAAUGAAAUGAACCAUCAGUUGAAAAUGAUGACCGUCUCCCAAGGGAGUAACAAAGAUGGCAGUGUUGAUUACAAGGCUCGCAGUGAUUAUAUUAGAUUGAGGGAUUUUUUACUUGAUUUGUGAAAUAUUUUUAGGAAGGGUUUCUGUGUUUAUUUAGGUGGUAUAACAAAGGUUUGUUUUCAAAGUAGAAUGCACCGGCAACUACCUCAGGUGAGAAUGGAGGUGGAUAGAAGAUUGUACGCAGUAGAACAAACUUAGUGUUGGUGCAAGCAAGACGGAAAAUAGGUUUUAACAUUUGUAAUUUUCAAAAUUGCUGUCAUUAAUUGUUGUGAAUUGUUACUGUACUAACACCAGAGUAGAAAUCUUACUGUACCGAUAUAUUGCUUGCACUAACGUUUGAUUUGGCAGAUUUUAGGAGGAUAUGAUUUGGAAAUUCUUACAUUUAUGUAGCACAGGAUACUUUUUUAUGUCAUCUUCUUUAAUUAGAAGUCGAGUGAAAGGCUAGAGUUGACCAAAGGUUUAUGUAUACGACUAGAUUUCUAUUUUUGAAAUUUAAUAUGAUUUUUAAAAAUCACACUAAUGUUACACUAAUGACAACUAGCUUCUUUCAUACUUUAAUUGCUCACAUUGCAGUACUGCUACAGUUUAUGUCUGUGAGAAUAUAGACAGUGGUGAGGUGAUUGAAAACUUGAGAUAGUGACCAAACAUGUUGUAACCUCUGUCAAUGUCUUUUAACUUAUGUGUAUUUAAUAAUUUUUCAAAAUUUUAACCACAAUGAUAUGAGAGGUUAGAUGUGUAACUGUUACAACUAUGUUGAAGGAAUGUGAUUUUCUUUCGUGUGUGCUUUAUUAGCUUAUAUGUAAGUGUAAUUUAUGUAAUUUAUUCUUGUUUUAGUGCCAAAAUGUUCUGUGUAAGACCAACACCCCCCUCCCCCAUCCAUGGUUCACACCGUGCGGAAGUUCUCACGGACCCACGUCCAACCCUGUACACAACUACAUGUAUCAUGGAGAAAACUCUCAAAUAAAUUGGCUAAUAGACAUUU